AUGCAGGCGCUCGGCGUGUCCGCGGGAACGAAGUGGCUAAAGCAUUACUCCUCGGACCAGAGCAUACUCACCGUGGGAGACGGGGACUUCUCCUUCUCUCUGUCGCUCGCCACCGCGUUCGGCUCCGGCAAGAACAUCGUCGCCACCUCCCUCGACACCUACGAGGAACUGAACAGCAACUAUAGCGACGCGGCGUCGAAUGUGAGGGAGCUUGAGAGGUUGGGUGCCACGGUUCUGCAUGGCGUCGACGCGAAAGAGAUGAAUGUCCAUGCCGAUCUGUGGCCGAGACUUUUUGAUCGGAUCGUCUUCAAUUUUCCUCACGCCGGGUUCAAUGGACGCGAGGACAAGGUGGACGUGAUCAAGUCGCACCAGGAGCUAGUGAGGGGAUUCUUCGCCGCGGCGCGGAACAUGCUCUUCCGUCGCGGUGAAAUCCAUGUCACCCACAAGACCAAGCAUCCCUACUCUAAUUGGGGUAUCAAGCAGCUAGCAUCUGAGUCCUCGCUCACUCUCCUAGAGGAAGCUGCGUUUCAAAUACAAGACUACCCAGGUUAUAACCAGAAGAGAGGGUCUAGCUGGAGGUGCGACCAAGACUUCGCUAUUGGUGAUUGCAGCACCUUCAUCUUCCUCAAGGGAUAG